GCUUUGGCCUCAAAUCUCCUUGAGACACGAAUUGAAUCUGUCUGCGUAAUACCUACACUACCUAAGCGUUCCAUAUCCAAUCCCUACUCCUCGCACGCGUCUAGCUGUCUUCGUCCUCACUCUCACUCGGCUGGUCCCUGAACCCCAUCUCGAUACGGAACCGAUCUUACUCGUCAGGAUCUCUCGCGUCGUCGCCCGCCGCACUCUCUAGCCCGGAAAAAGAUGUCCCCUGAACCUCCGCAGAUCGCGCUCGACCAGCAACAUUCAUGAGUUCACCAUAGGAUAUCGGCCCUGUUUGCAAUGGAUCACCCACGCCAGAAUGGAGGAAACGGCUUCAGCCGGGAGACGAGCAGGGCGGAGAGGUUCGAGGAGGAGAAGAGACGCAUCGUCGAGAGCUGCUUCAACAAGAAGGAUGUUGACGGGUCAAUACUCGAGACGUAUAUCACCCAUAUUAGAAUAACCGAAUAUGCUUCGCACCCGUCCUCCCCUCCACCCCCCGAUGCGCGGCUCCAAUCCGAGAAACCUCGCGUCAUCAUCGUGGCUGUCCGAAAGUCAGGUCGAGUGCGCAUGCACAAAUCCAAGGAAAAUGCGAACGGGACCUUCUCCAUCGGCAAGACCUGGGAUCUGAACGAUAUGACCGUCAUCGAGUCUUUCACUGCCGCCACCGUCGAUCUGCAGAAGCGGGAAUGGGCCGGCGAGACUGGGUUCGUCGUCAAUCUCGGGAAGCCGUACUACUGGCAGGCCCAGGGUGACAAGGAGAAGAAGUUCUUCAUCGCGAGUCUCAUCAAGAUCUACGGAAAAUAUACGGGCGGGAACGUCCCGGAGCUGAGGGGUUUCGACCCUCGAGAGCUAGAACAAGUGCUGGGCUCACGACGACCGCCGCCCUCUAGCCAACCCGGUCCCUCCGAUUCCACUUCCUCCUUGCGAUCUAGCCCGGCGCCCCCUCCUCGAUCUACUGCGACACCCCCGAGAAUAGACCCAAAACCUUAUCGGCCUGAUCCUGUUCCAUCCUACUCUAAACCUACACCUGCGCACAGCAAUCCUAACCUUGCGGCGGCCGCCGGCGGGAUCCUUGCCCAUCGCCCUAGCCAAUCUCCUACCUCGCCCGCGCGUAACUUAGCACCUCCAAACGGAACCUCGUCACCGGGCCCUGGCUCGGACUCUAUCCGCGCAGGCAAUCAAGCUGCCGCGUUGCGCAGACUGGCCGGGAACAACCGGAGUCAAGACUCGGUAGCCGGUUCGGUCGCCACAACCAAAAGCAGCGAUGAUGGGGCGAGUCUACCCCCACGGUCGAGGGGAGGCGUGGCAGGACCUGGCGCGCUUGGUCGGUUUGGCGAUCCUUUGGAACCGCCUUCACAAGUGGAACUACCUGAUAGAAAGCGACCCCCGAUGGAUCCGACUAGGCUCAAGGAACCUAUGGACAAUGAUCUCGUGCCUGCGCCGCUGAUGAGCCAAGCUGCCCGGAGAGAACCGCCGCCGCGAAGCACCGAGCGGAUGUCACCUCGGAAGAAUUCUUUUGUGAAGCGUCCGGAUCUCGGCUCCCCGGUAACGAGAUUAGCAGCGAAACUGGAGCCAGCUGCGGAUAUAUCUCGGAGCCCGAUACGCGAGUACAACGAUGCACCCCCUACACUGCCCGUUCCGGCCAUCCUGGCCGUCCCGUCCGCUCCUGUCCCUCAACCCUCUCCGACCACGCCUACCCCCACUACCGCCCUCGCUGCUCCCGUCACCCCUGCCACGCCUCCCGCCGAAAGCCCUGUCGCCGAGUCACCGGCAGGGGAAGAAGAAAGUCGGCCCGGCUUAGGGCCCAUGAUUAAAUCGAAGAAGUCCCACCGUGACCUAGCCGGAUCAUUAUGGAAAGCCGCGUCCGCCGCAGCUGCCUUUAAACCUCGGCCUGGCGGGGCCGGAGAGCGGUUAAGAGAGGCGGCGCAGAAUAAGAGUAGUUCUAACGGUGCUGAUGGCAUAACAAGUGUCUUUACAGCGCCUCGUCGGCCAGAACCUAUUCCAGAGAUUCCGAAAGAUGCUGACCUUGAGAGGAAGUCCGCAGAUAAAGGGGCUAGUGUUCCCGAGGUCAAGGUCACGCUACCUAGCUCUAGCCGUCCUAGUAGCCUAAAAGCUUCCGCCAAAGAAAACCAGAGGAAGAGCCAAGAUAUCACCCGACUAGAUGAUACCACUCGACGCUUGAUUACGACGGGUAACGACGUAAAGUAUUUGACCACGUUAGGUGUCGAUACCACUGUCUUAGCCAACAAAACAACCGAAUUCACCAGGUGGCUAGAUCAUUUUGGAUGGGUGCCUGGGGAGCAGAUGCGGAGUUGUAACUUCGAAGAGAUGAAGCUUGACCUCGAUCGAGAGCUCAACAAGGCCCAGGCCGGAGGCUGGAUUGUACGGUUUCAAGAAGAAGACGACCGAGUCGAGGCAAUUAAAAAGGGCCUCGAUGUUGCCAUCGCCGAAUGCGAUGAACUCGACAACUUACUCACCCUAUAUAGCGUAGAACUAUCUACUUUAUCAGACGAUAUCGCGUACAUCGAAGCGCAAGGGCAGGGUUUGCAAGUGCAGGCCUCAAAUCAAAAGCUUCUUAGGAAAGAGUUGGAAUCGCUGCUUGACACCUGCGCCAUCACCUCCGACGACCUACAAGCCUUGUCGGCCGCCCCUCUCGAAUCCGUCUCGAGCCUCGAAGACGUCGAGGCGGCGCUUGUUACCCUGUACAAGGCGAUGUUGAAGAUUGAUUCGUCGGUGUCCGGGUCUGAACUCCGAAAGAGCGAAGAUGUAAACUCAAGCAGCCAACCCUCGAGUCUAAAUACCGACUACGGCAAGAUGCGCAUCGUGCAAGAGAAAAAGGAGAUGUACCGCUCCGAGAGCGCGGCAUUCCUACAGAGAUUCGGUACCUUCAUGUCUGGACAAUUUGACAAAGCGUGCCAAGAAAUCAAAGCUGCCGUAGAAGGGGCACUAUCGAAGAGGGUCGACGCGGCGCAUCACGACGUCGGUCGCAAUUUGCUUUGGUGUUACAGCCCUCUCAUUCUCUACGCCAGGGAGGUCGACGUCGAGGGCUGGAACCGUUGUAUGCAGGCGUACCAGGAGAAGAACUUGCCUCUCUAUAAAUUUAGAUCCAAGGACAUUAUCGAUUCGUGGAAACGGAACGCUAGGAAGCCUAGCGGCGACGAAGCAGAGCUGCUCUUCAGCACUGAAUUGGAGAAGCAGCAGGAGGGGACAAUGGCAACCGCCAAGAAACUCACCGUGAAGCGAAGCCAGACGCUAGCUAGAAGUUUACGGAGUCCUCUCGGUGACGGUAGUAGGACUAACUUGGACAAGGUCUCGGACCAUCGCAAUCUCCCCUAUGAGGUGUUCGCGGGCAUGAUGGAUGAUCUCGUACCCCUCGUGGAGAUUGAGCAGAAUUUCAUCGUCGAUUUCUUCCACGCUACAACCCUAGAGACUGCCGACUUUCCCGACCUCGUGGCCGCGACGAAACCGCGAGAUCGACGGGGCGGCGACCUGAGACGACACAGGCUCAUGGAACCCGAUCGGGAGUUGGCCCGGAGAGUCACCCGAGCUAUGGAGGCCAUAUUCUCAUUUUUGGAGCAGGAUCUACAGGCCACAAUCGACUGGGUUUUAUCGCAGGAUCCCUUGCAAGGGAUUGGCGUACUUUCUGUGCUCGAGCGCAAGCAGUUGGAGAUGACACAAUCGAAUCAAGACUUUCUGAACAACGUCUUGCAGAAACUCCAUAGCAAUCUCGAAUCCCGAUUCUCUAAGUUCGUCGAAGGGCAAAUACGUGCAAUCGAGGAAACAAAAGUUAAGAUUAAGAAACGCAAAGGUGUCAUCUCCUUCAUGCGAGUCUUCCCACACUUCUCCACUGCGGUAGAGAACAUGCUUUCGACGGCCGACAUGAAUUCCUCGGUGAGAAGGACGGUGGAUCGAGAAUAUGACCGUAUCAUCAAGACCAUGUUCGACUCGCUAAAGGUCAUCGCGCGCGAAAACCCCGCCACGCUCACUAAUAGCGGCGCCGACCCGGAAGACAAGGAAGCGCUGAAUUACCACAUCCUACUAAUCGAGAACAUGAACCAUUUCUACGAGGAGUUAGACACUCACGGUCUAGAAAUCCUCGAGGAUUGGAAGGAGGCCGCGGCGUCCGAAAUGACGGAGCACAUGAGCCUUUACCUCAAUGCGGUUAUGCGCCGGCCAUUGGGCAAGCUACUCGAAUACCUUGAGAAUAUCGAGACGCAGCUUGUGUCAGGGAAGAGCCCCACGACGGUAGCCGCACAGCCAAGCAACGCCAAGGCCACCUUCAACAAGAUCCUCAGCGGCUACGACGGGCGCGAGGUGCGCAAAGGAGUUGAAGCACUGCGAAAACGAGUGGAAAAGCACUUUGGCGACGCCGACGACCCGAGUUUAAGCCGCGGCCUCGUCACCCGCGUUCUCCAAGAAUGCGAGAAGUUCUACGGAGAAGUUGAAGUCCGGGUCUCGACGGUGACAACCACGGUGUAUAGCGGAGACGUGCUAUUCGAGUGGCCGCGUGCGGACGUGAAGAGCGCCUUCUCUAACACCGGUCGGUAGGUCGGGCCAAGUGAUCGGAAGCAUGCGUCUCUCGGACGAAGGUCGACGGGGAGUGUGCGGUCUCGUAUCAUAGGGGUGGACAUACGAGACACGGUAGAAGCUCAGGAUACAGUGCAUAAGUCGUGAUAACUGUACAUGAUCACUAGGCUUUCGGCGUCAAGGUUUUCC